UUCUGCACAACUUCUCCCCGCUGCCCAGCGCCGCGGCCGCGGGUCCGGGCCAAGCUCGCUGCGCUCUGCGGCUCAGCCGUCUCGUCCCCAGAGCUGGUCCUCGUGGAGCAUCUGGCGCCACUUGGCCGCUGGCGGUCCCUUUCGGCGCCCCACCUCUCGGUUCGCUCCGGCCCCUUCGCGCGGGACGGCAGUGCUCAGGUUCUUGGCCCUUUCUCCUCCCCGGUGCUCCUGGAGCGGCGGAACCCUCCCCGUGCCCUUCCUUGGCCAGCUCCUGGAAGCCAGUGGUGGGGACCCAGGCUCCCCAAUGGUCACCGCGCGGCACCCAGGGCACUCCCGGGCCAUGUAAGCAGCUGUCCUGCGGAGGGCCUGGUGGGCAUGGACACCUUUUCCCUACCUUAGUGUGACCAUUCCAACACAAAACCGCUAAGGCCAUCUAAGGGGCGCCUGUGCCAGGAGAGGAGGGCGGCGUGCCCCGGCCGCAGAGCCAUGCCUUUCGGCCUGAAGCUUCGCAGGACUCGGCGCUACAAUGUCCUGAGCAAGAACUGUUUUGUGACCCGGAUCCGCCUGCUGGACAGCAAUGUCAUCGAGUGCACCCUGUCGGUGGAAAGCACAGGGCAAGAGUGCCUUGAGGCGGUGGCCCAGAGGCUGGAGCUGCGGGAGACGCACUACUUCGGCCUGUGGUUUCUCAGCAAGAGCCAGCAGGCGAGAUGGGUGGAGCUGGAGAAGCCACUGAAGAAACACCUGGACAAGUUUGCUAAUGAGCCUCUGCUUUUCUUUGGAGUCAUGUUCUAUGUGCCAAAUGUGUCAUGGCUUCAGCAGGAAGCCACGAGAUAUCAGUAUUACCUGCAAGUCAAAAAGGAUGUGCUUGAAGGGCGGUUACGGUGCACACUGGAGCAAGUCAUCCGGCUAGCCGGCUUAGCCGUGCAAGCCGAUUUUGGAGACUAUCACCAAUUUGAUUCCCAAGAAUUUCUCCGAGAAUAUGUCCUGUUUCCUAUGGACUUGGCCCUGGAGGAAGCUGUUCUGGAGGAGCUGACCCAGAAGGUGGCCCAGGAGCACAAGGCCCACAGUGGGAUCCUGCCUGCAGAAGCGGAGCUGAUGUACAUCAAUGAAGUAGAGCAUUUGGAUGGAUUUGGACAGGAGACCUUCCCGGUGAAGGACAACCAUGGCAACAGCAUGCACCUUGGCAUUUUCUUUAUGGGGAUUUUUGUGAGGAACAGAAUUGGAAGACAGGCAGUCAUAUACAGGUGGAAUGACAUUGGGAGUGUCACCCACAGCAAAUCAGCCAUCCUGCUGGAGCUGAUUGACAAGGAGGAGACAGCACUCUUCCACACAGAUGAUAUUGAAAAUGCCAAAUAUAUUUCUCGGUUAUUUACAACACGGCACAAAUUUUACAAACAGAACAAGAUCUGCACUGAACAGUCAAAUUCUCCACCCCCAAUCAGACGCCAGCCCACCUGGAGCCGGUCCUCACUGCCAAGGCAGCAGCCGUACAUCCUGCCUCCCAUGCAUGUGCAAUGCAGUGAGCACUACUCGGAGACCCACACUUCCCAAGACAGCAUUUUCCCUGGGAACGAAGAAACCUUGUAUUGCAAUUCUCACAACAGCCUGGACUUAAAUUACUUAAAUGGUACAGUCACCAACGGCAGCGUGUGUAGUGUCCAUAGUGUCAACUCCCUCAACUGCUCCCAAAGCUUCAUCCAGGCUUCUCCAGUGUCCUCCAACCUCAGCAUCCCCGGAAGUGACAUCAUGAGGGCUGACUACAUCCCCAGUCACCGUCACAGCACCAUCAUCGUGCCGUCUUACAGGCCAACCCCUGAUUACGAGACAGUCAUGAGGCAGAUGAAGAGGGGACUGAUACAUGCAGACAGCCAGAGCCGGUCUCUCCGUAACCUCAACAUUAUCAACACCCACGCCUACAACCAGCCUGAGGAACUGGUGUACAGCCAGCCGGAAAUGCGGGAGAGGCACCCCUACACAGUCCCAUAUGCGCUCCAGGGGGGCUAUGGUCACAAACUUGUUAGUCCAUCUGACCAGAGGAACCCCAAGAAUAGUGCAGGGCCUUGCAAGCCAGGGGCCAGCUCCAUCUCGCACACAGUGAGCACUCCAGAACUGGCCAACAUGCAGCUUCAAGGAACACAAAGCUACAGCACAGCCCCCAUGCUCAAGAACUAUCUCUGCAGGCCACCACCCCCUUACCCUCGGCCUCGGCCUGCCACCAGCACCCCAGACCUCGCCAGCCACCGCCACAAGUAUGUCAGUGGCAGCAGCCCUGAUCUGGUAACGCGGAAGGUCCAGCUCUCUGUCAAGACCUUCCAGGAGGACAGCUCUCCUGUGGUCCAUCAGUCUCUGCAGGAGGUGAGCGAACCCCUUACAGCCACCAAGCACCAUGGCACGGUGAAUAAGCGCCACAGCCUGGAGGUGAUGAACAGUAUGGUUCGAGGCAUGGAGGCCAUGACCCUGAAGUCACUCAAUAUCCCCAUGGCUCGUCGUAACACACUCCGGGAGCAGGGCCCUUCCGAGGAGGCAGGUGGCCAUGAAGUGCAUGGGCUUCCCCAGUAUCACCAUAAGAAGACCUUCUCAGAUGCUACCAUGCUAAUCCACAGCAGUGAGAGUGAGGAAGAGGAGGAGGCCCCCGAGGCGGUGCCUCAGAUCCCCACGCUUCGGGAGAAGGUGGAAUACAGUGCCCAGCUGCAGGCUGCCCUGGCUCGAAUUCCCAACAGGCCCCCGCCUGAGUACCCAGGGCCAAGAAAAAGUGUCAGUAACGGGGCACUGAGGCAGGAACAGGGGACCCUUCUUCCUGCCAUGGCCAGAGCCAGAGUGCUGAGACACGGGCCAUCCAAGGCCCUCAGUGUCUCCAGGGCCGAGCAGCUGGCCGUCAAUGGGGCCUCACUGGGUCCCUCCAUCUCUGAGCCUGACCUCACCAGCGUGAAGGAGAGGGUCAAGAAGGAACCCGUGAAGGAGAGGCCCGUGUCAGAGAUGUUCUCCCUGGAGGACAGCAUUAUAGAGAGAGAGAUGAUGACUAGGAAUCUAGAGAAGCAGAAGAUGGCAGGCCUGGACCCACAGAAGAGGCCGCUGAUGCUGGCAGCGUUGAACGGGCUCUCGGUGGCCCGCGUCUCGGGGCGGGAGGACAGCCGACAUGAUGCCACCCGAGUUCCCAUAGACGAGCGGCUCAGAGCCCUGAAGAAGAAGCUGGAAGAGGGAAUGGUGUUCACAGAGUAUGAGCAGAUCCCACACAAAAAGGCCAACGGCAUCUUCAGUACCGCCACUCUGCCGGAAAACGCUGAGCGGAGCCGGAUUCGAGAAGUCGUCCCUUACGAGGAGAAUCGGGUGGAGCUCAUCCCCACCAAGGAGAACAACACAGGCUACAUCAACGCCUCCCACAUCAAGGUGGUGGUUGGCGGGGCAGAAUGGCACUACAUCGCCACUCAGGGACCCUUGCCACAUACCUGCCAUGACUUCUGGCAGAUGGUGUGGGAGCAGGGGGUGAACGUGAUCGCCAUGGUCACCGCAGAGGAGGAGGGUGGACGGACCAAAAGCCACCGAUACUGGCCCAAACUGGGGUCCAAGCACAGCUCUGCCACCUAUGGCAAGUUCAAGGUCACCACAAAGUUCCGAACAGACUCCGGUUGCUAUGCAACCACAGGAUUAAAGGUCAAGCACCUGCUGUCCGGCCAGGAGAGGACGGUGUGGCACUUGCAGUACACUGACUGGCCCCACCACGGCUGCCCGGAAGACGUCCAAGGAUUUCUGUCCUACUUGGAGGAAAUCCAGUCGGUCAGGCGUCACACCAACAGUGUCCUGGAAGGCAUCAAGACCCGGCACCCGCCCAUUGUGGUCCACUGCAGCGCCGGGGUGGGAAGGACCGGCGUCGUCAUCCUGUCUGAGCUCAUGAUCUAUUGCCUGGAGCAUAACGAAAAGGUGGAAGUGCCCACGAUGCUGAGGUUUCUCAGGGAGCAGAGGAUGUUCAUGAUCCAGACCAUUGCGCAGUACAAAUUCGUCUACCAAGUCCUCGUCCAGUUCCUACAGAGUUCCAGGCUCAUCUGAUUUCCCGGAUGCAGCUUCUGGAGGAGGGGCCCAGCUCCGUCCUGCAGGGGGCGCCACUUCCAGACAACAUCUGCCUCCCCAGUUGGAGACGGAUGGCUGGCAGCAGGCAAGAGCCAGAGUUACUUACAAACAUCAUGUAUUAUUUUAUAUGAGAUAAUUUAUUUUUCCGUCUUUGGAAUAAGUUUUGUGAGUUAUUAUAAUGCAUUUUUUUUCCCACGAUAAUAUAGUGCUUCUUAUUUGAACCCCAUGUCGACUGAUCUGCACGUAAGCCUCCUCCGGGAGGGAAGGUGGUGGCCCCAUGGGACACUGUAGGCACAGAGGCAUAAGGGAACACAUCUCUAGUGAAGCUGCAGACAAAUUGGUAAUGCCCCCAGUCAAAAGUGGCAAGAGGAAGAAUUCAGCCUCACCUGGAAGGAAGAGAGCCAAGGGAGGUCCUUGCAAGUGUUCCCUUAAACACUGGAUCUGUGCAUCUCACUGGAUAGCUGCUUUCCUCUCCUUUACCGCCCCCUUCCUCCGCGGUCUCUCUCCCUAAGCCUGGGGUGAAAGCUGGGAUCCUCUGGAGAGCACAGUGCCGUCUUUGGUAAGCCAGGAGUGCUGCUGUCACUGCUGCUUACCCCUUGUUCUGGUCCAGAAGUCGGAUGCGGUGAUGGGAUGUGCUACUUUGCCUUCCGUGCUCCCAACACCUCAUCUGGUGGGCCUGAGCCAGGCCAUCUGCACAGCUCAGCCCCUUGCCUAGUUGAGAGAAGAUAGUAGACCAGGGUGGGAAUGGCAUUAGGUGGGGCCUUGGUGUAGAUACUUAAUUAAAUAAUGUUGAGUGUAGCAGAUGAGGACAUAGAAGAUGAGGUUUGGGUACAUUCCAUUUUCCUAUCCAUUGCUAAGUUGUUAGAAGGGUCAUAAGGGAAAUGGUUAAGGAAACUGGGAGCUACCUGGCACUUUGCAGCAGGGCCCUGGCUGGGAGGCGCACACCUGGCCAGGAGGCACACACCCAUGCACAACUCCCUGUGUGCUGAUGGAUUCUAGGCUUUGGCUAGCAAGGACUGAGUUGAUUCUCACUUAGGGCUUCUUCGUUGCUGUCUUGGGGCGGGGUCCCAGGCUGACCUUGGACUUAGUGUAUAGCAAGAGGGUGGCUCCCAAUCUCUUGUCUGUACCUCCCAACUGCUGGAAUUUCAAGUGUAUACGGCCACACACAGGCCAUACUUGCCCCUCAUGAUGAAUGCUGAGACUAUCUUUGCAAAGCCUCUACUGCCUACCUUUCCUUGUAUAACCCACUCUCUGUCAGUGACGGUAUUAACCACCCUCAAGUUGAAGCCCAGUUUCCUUCCAGGUCUGCUUUUUCCUAAGUAUAAUUUUCUAAUUGUUUGUGAAACUGACCAUGUCAUGUCUUCCAACACAGUGAUAGUUUCUUUUCUUUUCUUUUUCCUGAGCUGAAAAGACCAACCAGAAAGAGUGUGCCUUUGUAGCCUCUGUCUCCACACACUAGUAGAUGCUGAUGACAGCAGAUUUCCCAUGAGCUUCUCUGGAAGACAAGCCAAGCUGUCUUCCUCUGGGCCAGGGUGGUGCUGAUGCUGACAUCCAUACAGCAUCUGUGGGUUCAGGUUCUGGAGGUGGGGCGCUUCCACCCUCCCUUCCACAGUGCAGAGUGGAUCAAGGGGCAUACGUGAGUGUGACCCUUGUAGACGCGGCACACUGGUAUAGAUUCUGACAUAGGUAUUUUGGGGGAAAUGGAAAAGCCCAUUGGGGGGGGAUUAGUUACCCUCCUCUGAAAAUGUUUCUUCCCCUUUCAGGUGUCCUAACAGUCGUUCCCACUUACAGUUUCAUUAUGUGAUGAAGAAUGUAGAUACUCUCGUCUCUAAGCCUUGGUGUGUUAGAGUGUCUCACAUGAGCAGCGAGGAGACAUGAUGCCCUUUUGAACUCAUCACUCAGGGGCUGUUUCUAGCUUAUGCUAACAGAACAAGAUACAGGGAAGACACAGGUUUAAUAUCCAGCUUCCUAGCCAACACAUGAUGAAACCCAAAUGCAAACAUUUAAGUGUCCUGCGUAUUUAUUUCCUCCUUAACACUGUUGCUUCUGGUUCUUCAACACAUUCCGAAUUCCCUUUCCCACCCCCAGGAAGCCCCCAUCAAUCUCUGGUAAAAUUAUCAGCAGGCAUUUAAAGCCCUUACAGCGGCAUCUGCAUAAUAAUCGCCGAGAGAUGCUUUCUACCUGGGAAGCUAGCCAAGGAGUAAGCCUUGGAGCAAAGUGUAUUAAAUUAGUUAUCUAGUCAGGGCUUCUGGACCAGCUUCCUGACAAUGUGUUGGGACCGAAGCUGGGGCUGUCAGAGCCCAUUGCUGCAUUUUGGCUUUGAAGGGGGAGAAAAUUAAAACUGGAGCCAGUAAGACAUCCCAUCUCACAACAGAGCAGCCCAUCAUUCCUCCGCCCCGGUUUUCCAGUUGUGGAGUUUUGUCUUUCACUCGCUCUUUUGCAUAUGCCCACCUUCAUCCUUGUUCAGGGGUCUCUGCAUCCCGGCUGCUUAAGAUGGUGUCUUCAUCCUUGAGAUGGUGAGAUGCACUUGUGGCGAAGCCCAGGACUGUCUGGCUGGUUUUGUGUGGCUCUAAGGUGAUUCCAGGUGGAGUAGGAAUCCCAGGGGCCUGCACAUCUGAACACACUCCCUCCCCAGUAAGUAGAGGUGAGAACAGUAUCAGACAAGCAUGCCAGUUGCUUUAUUGAGGUGGAGACAAGUGGGUUCUUCUACUCACUUGGAGGUGCUGCAGAUACUAGGGAAGGUGAGGCCAUCUCACGUGGACUGUGUCCCAUCAGCUUACUUUGCGGGGAGAAGGGACCUACUCAUUAUUCUUCAGUUAGAAGUAAGCUGACUUUUUUUUUUUCCUUUUGGCCUUAGUCUUGGGCUCUCUCAGUCACCUCCCCUAGCCUGGACAGAGGGUCUUUGUAGACUUUACGAUGUGGGCCUUGUGGGACGUGACCACCAACUCCUAAGCAAGCCAUACCCUUACCCUCUGUCAGUGUUUGCUCUCAGGCGCCCCCUCCUGUGGGUGGGGAGAUUAGCAUUCUCCUAUCUUUUCUAGUUUAAGGUAGAUCAACCCAUUUUGAGUUUCCGGACAUGGAGGGCACUUUCUGGAUUGAUGGAAUGCAUACAAUUUAUUUCUUCCCAGUUCAUUAAGGAUCUAAUGCCAUGCAUCUUUUCUUCAGCUAAGAGCUAGUGGACAGAGACCUGGUUCUUUGUGAUCCUGCAUCCUAGCCACGAUGGUCUUGCAUCUCCUAGGGCCAGGAGCUGCCCCUGAAUGCUGACAGGCUGGGUCGACAGACGUUCUCUGUGGGGUCUUCGGUCCCUUUCUUGGUCUAAGCACUAGCUCAUUGGUCUGCAUCCUCUGACCUCAGGCGCAAUGUUAUCAACGGGUCCCAAACAUGUCCUCAGGCAACAAGCACCCUGUGCCUUCCAGUCUGUCUCAUUUCUUGUGGCAUGACUCGUGGAGAGAGCGAAUUUAGUUAUUGGUUUCUGUUUGGGGAAGAUGUGCCAGUUACUUGAGGUGAGGAGGGCAAGAAUACAGGACCUUCUAGAAUAAACUCAAGGGGCAUGAACUAGCCCUGGCCCUGUUGUUUCUUCUCAGUAUUAGGAGCAGCUCUGUCCACAGAGUGCCAUGUCACUGCCACUGGGCUCUAGCUUCCCUAUUUCACCGAAAUUUCUGCUGCUGCUGUUUCUUGUCAGAGCUCUCCUCGGCCGCCAUCAAAGCCCCCAUUUAACGGUCUCUGUUCACGAGUGGCACUCCUGCCCACUCAGCUUCUAAUAGAGAGAUUUGGGUCUUCCAGGGGAACUGCACAUCCCCUUGUGGCCUACAAUUUGUGAGUGAUAGACUCACUCGUAGGGUUACGCUCUGAGCAAAGAGGUAGAAGUGUGCUGGCCUUCGCCUCAGCUUCUAAGUCCUUGGGUGGCUCGAGCCACCCUUCCUGGGACAUCUGCAGAAAGUAGUGGCCACAUGUCUGGGGAAACAGGCAGGUGUGCUCAGCCACAUGCUGCCAACCCAAAUGGCUUGUCCAGGUGUCCGUUAUUCUAGAGGAGCUGGGACACUGGUCUACCAGCUUGUCCAAUAUUCAGCCUCUCUUCCCUGCACUCAGCUUUUGCAUUUCCACUAUCAGCUCAAGGGAAUCGGGUGUCUUCAUCCAGGAGACCGCCCUUCUUAGCUUUUGCAGCUUACCGCCGCAAUGUGUGUCUUUCUCAAACGCUCGCUGACGUGUAUGCCGUCCGUUAGUCUGUCCGUGACCAGGUGUCAGGGAUCUGGCAUCUUCUGCUCUCAUAGAUGGAUAAAUAUAGUGCUGUUUAGAAAUCAGUUCGUGCUGCUCAGAGCUCCAUUCAGCCUCCUCAUUUUAGAGAUAAAUUAAAGGAGAUUCAAUUGUCAGGCACGCGGGCUGGAGCAAAUGCCAGUCUAAAUAUGGUUAACCAAGUCUUCUGCUAUAGUCCUGCCAGCCGAGCCAUCAUUUAUUAAAAGUGCCCAGAGCUUGUCCAAAGUCAUGAUGGGGAGAAGCCAGAUCAGCCCUAAAUUUCCAAAAUUCAUUGGGGAUACAAUUUUUUGAACCCUGGGGGUAAUGUCAGUGUUGUAAACUUAUGAUGGAACACCCCAGGGAAGACCGUGCUCCGGUGCUGACCUACUUCUCCCGGGCUCCUUGCCUGCUGCCUGUAACGGGCUGUGCCAUGUGGCCUCUGUGCCUGGAUGGCUGCUCUGGAGACUCCUUGCCUGACCCUGCAGCCCUCCUUCCCUUGCAGCUUGUGAGCAGAGAGUUCUGCCCGUGCACGCUACUCUCGUGGUUAGCGUUCACAAUUCCUCUUGCAUGUGAGUCCCUGUGCAGGUCACAUGUAUUCAAAGUACAAACACUGGGCUGCACAGUGACUGUGAGUGUUCUCAUUGUGUGGGGACGAGGUGGCACCCCUUUGUGACUCCAGUUGUUCAUCCACAGGGCAUUUUGUCCACUCAGAGCACUACCAACUUCCCAUGCUCACUCACCUGCUUCCCAGACCAGCUCUCAGAAGCUUCCGUGCUCCCUCAGAUCAGCCCUCUGAAGCUCACUUUGUAUUUUAACCUACCUCCCCAUAGAACCCUCCCCCCA